AAAGGGUAUAAUAAUAUUUUAAGGAAUCAUGAAGGUAUUACAUAUACUUUUGUUAGUGACAGUUAUGAAUGCAACCUACGCUGCAGUAGCACAGGGGCAGAAGUUUAGCCAGACUGGAGGUGGGGUGCAGACAGUUGAAGAUUUUGUCCAUAAACCAUUUUAUAUGGACAAAUUUGGUAAUUUUGAGAUUGGCAAUGAUAUAAGUGACAAGAUAGUCGAUAUCAUAAACAAGGUUCUUUUAGUGACUUAUGUGGUAGUUCAAGCUUAUAUUAUUAUUUCUAUCAUCUACGCUUGGUGGAAUGGAGACUUGCCAAUCCCUCCAAUUCCUUCUGUGAAAAAUAUUCAUCAAUUAUUACCAACUCUGGAAAAACAACUUGGCAAAUAACCUCAUACAAACCUAACCUAGUCUGGCUCUAAACUCCAAGUAAGAUCCGUUAAUAAAAGUCUCUGUU